AUGCCAGUUAGACGUCAUAGAGCUUCGUCGGGGGUCUACCUCUCUCGUCCGGCUUUCGGUCAAGAAUUGGCUGGAAACCUCCCAGUGGACAUCGUGAAGGAAUGGAAGAGCCUGAAGGCCACCUGUGACAUGGUCUACAAGACCAUCAACCGAGAAAUCCUUCAGGAAUUUGGCCAGGGAUGCCGGAAUCGAUCCCUAGACAGUGAGGAACAUCGGGACCUGAACCUGGGAACAGAAGACCUGGGGAUGAUGUCCUACUCCAUGUAA